AACCUUCAGUGGGGACGGCAGUAAGAUGUGUGCUCGAUUGGGGCUGCGAAACCAAUGGUUUCGGCUGAGUUCUGUUAUCAUAGUAUUCGACAAUGCUAGAUGUUAUGAUUUUACUCUACUUGUAUCGAUAGUCUGCAAGAAAUGUCGUUAAGCAAGAUCAAGUAUUAAAUUGACUUAAAGCGAUCUCACUCUGAUGAGAGAAACAAUUUGGUGAAUGUACCACGUAUUUUACCAGAGUUAUGUUCAUAGCUUCUAAUGCUUCUCUGCAGCAGAAUUACGAAGUCCUGAUAAUUGUAAGGAAAUGAAUUGGAUUUCGGUAUUGAAUUUCGUAGUACUUUGCUUCACGAUCUUUCAACGUAAGCUUGGAACUGUGGACGGAUAUGGGGACGAAGACGAUCGGAGAUGCGAUCCCAUCAAGAUCUCAAUGUGCCAGAAUUUGGGAUACAAUGUGACUAAAAUGCCGAAUCCCGUGGGUCAUGAGUUGCAAACAGACGCCGAGUUGCAGUUACAGACUUUUACACCUUUGAUUCAAUAUGGCUGUUCCAGUCAACUACAGUUCUUUUUAUGUUCCGUUUAUGUGCCGAUGUGCACGGAGAAAAUCGACAUCCCGAUCGGACCGUGUGGCAGUAUGUGCCAGUCUGUGAAGCGGAGAUGUGAACCUGUACUGAACGAAUUCGGUUUCAAUUGGCCUGAGACUUUAAACUGCAGCAAAUUUCCACCACAGAACGACCACAACCAUAUGUGCAUGGAGGGGCCGGGAGAUGAAGACAUCCCCUAUCACACCAGCAAAACUUCCAUCUCAGCGGAAGAAGAGUGCCAGAACAUGGGCGACAACUUGCACCAUUAUAUCUGGAUCAAGAGAAGUCUCACUUGUGCCCUUAAAUGUGGCUACGAUGUCGGUUUGUACAAUAGAUCUGCCAAAGAAUUCACUGACAUUUGGAUGGCGGUUUGGGCCAGUCUGUGUUUUCUAUCAACAGCUUUCACAGUGCUGACAUUCCUAAUCGAUUCUUCUCGAUUUUCGUACCCAGAACGUCCUAUCAUCUUCCUGAGCAUGUGCUACAACAUUUAUAGCAUCGCCUAUAUAGUCAGGCUCACAGUGGGCAGAGAACGUAUAUCAUGUGAUUUCGAGGACGCUGCUGAGCCUGUGCUAAUUCAAGAAGGUCUCAAAAAUACUGGAUGUGCCAUUGUUUUCCUGCUGAUGUACUUUUUUGGGAUGGCGAGCUCCAUCUGGUGGGUAAUCUUGACACUGACUUGGUUCUUAGCCGCUGGUCUCAAAUGGGGACAUGAGGCCAUCGAGAUGCACAGUUCCUACUUCCACAUUGCAGCCUGGGCCAUCCCAGCCGUAAAAACUAUUGUCAUUCUAAUCAUGCGCCUAGUGGAUGCCGAUGAACUCACGGGAUUGUGUUAUGUUGGAAACCAGAACAUCGAUGCAGUCACUGGGUUUGUUGUAGCACCUUUAUUCACAUACUUGGUUAUAGGAACGUUGUUCAUUGCAGCGGGUCUUGUGGCUUUGUUCAAAAUUAGAUCUAACCUUCAGAAAGAUGGGACCAAAACAGAUAAGCUAGAAAGGCUAAUGGUAAAAAUUGGGGUCUUUUCUGUUCUGUAUACGGUCCCAGCCACCUGUGUAAUUGCCUGUUACUUUUAUGAGAUCUCAAACUGGAAUCUUUUCAAGCAUUCAGCAGAUGACUCUAACACAGCAGUGGAGAUGUUAAAAAUUUUCAUGUCUUUGUUGGUGGGCAUCACCUCUGGCAUGUGGAUUUGGUCUGCCAAGACGUUACAUACUUGGCAAAAGUGUUCAAACAGACUUGUGAGUUCAGGACAAACAAAGCGAGAUAAACGUGGAGAUGUCUGGGUUAAACCAGCAAAAGGCAAUGAAACUGUUGUAUAAAUGUGUAAAAUGUUGGAAGAAGCAAAGAACAAUGUCCCUUCUAGGGGUUCACACAAGCUGCAUUUCAAAGCAUUACAAGCGCAAUUUGCCUUGUCUGUCGUCAUAUUGUGCAUAAUUUUUAGAAAGUUCAGAAUACAUAAAGAUUCUCCUGAAGUGCCUAAGAAAACCAGUUUAUAAUUUUAGGAAAAUUUUAAAUUACCUAAUGAAAACGUUUCCUAAUUCUACAAUAUCAUAGCAUGUAACUAUUUGGUCCAAGGCUUUGACCAUGUCACCAGCUUGCAAAAUUUAAUACUUCUGCAUUGUAUAUUUUAGGAGAUUAUUUUGAACUUGUGAAAAAUAGAGAAUGUAAGUCAAAGAGGAUUUACAAGAAGCUUUAGACAAAUAAUUAUACGCUUUUUAAAUAUUGCAAUGUCUACAUGGAUACACUUCAUUCAAAGAGUCCCACCACCGUUUACAUAGAUGUUAAAUAUUAUACACUGGAAACAUGGACCGAAAUAUGAUUGAAGCACAACCAAUAGUCUAGCAUUGCAAUCUGGACAGCAUAGUGCACUAUACCCAAUCUUCACAUGUAUUGAAACGGGCUGUUAUUUACUAAUAUCCCUGGACAUUAAGUCUGCCUCCUUGUUUUAUAUGUGCAUAUGAACUUGUAUAAAAGCACUAUAAACACAACAGGCUGAUGUUUGUGGAUAAAUGUUAGUCGAUAAAUGCCCAAGUAUUUAAAAUCCUCAGUGCCUUACAUGCAGAUUGACUGCAAAGUCUUUCAUUCACAGCAACAUUAAUGAAAGAUAUUUCCUAUAUUUUACCAUAAAUGCCUGCACAGAGAUCAAUCAUGUUAACUCAUCUUUUGAGGAUUGUUAGUGCUGUGGCUAUAAAAAUAAAGAUAUGAAGAGAAUAUUAUGAACCUAGUAAUCCACUAACGCUAUAAGUAAAAACAAAAAUCUGCAAGAAUGGAAACCUGCCAUUAGAGACUGUAGUGGAAAUACAGUGCUGUCAAUCACACAAUAAAAAGGAAAAACUAGCAGAUUUUAGUGGAAUACUGUUAAUUUGAAUUGUCAUAAUUUAUUUCUCAUUAGAGUUGUAUAUUUCCAGCUUUCUGCAUUUGAUACAAAUCCAUACAUCUGAAUGGAGGAGAAAUAAAACCUAGGAAGAGCCCUUUCCAUUAUAUGGGAGAGGAACAAUAUGCAUCUUGGAGUGGCUUGAAUAAUUUUAAUGUAGCUUACAACGUUAUGCAAGAAACCAUGCCUAAUCCCAGUAAAUCUGCAUAGGUUCCCUUCUGUUUAGUUAUGUUUAUCAAUAUUCAGAGUUUAAUGUCCAUCAUUCGACACUCUUAUAAAUGGUAUGUGUUGUAACUGCCAGUAUAUUUUGAAAGUGACUUGGAAAUUCACCACUGAAAGGUUUGACCAGGGUGCUUUUUAUGCAAUGGCAAAGUUUCCAAACUGAACAGUAGAAAAUCAAAUCCACAUAUGUGGAGGAAUCAAGAAAACUAUUUUCUAUUGAUUAAGAUCAGAAAUGACAAUUCAAAUGGAAUUUUACAGAAUUUUUAUUGUGUUUAACUCUAUGGGCUGACUACAGUCAAUUUUGAAUCUGACUUGCUCAUUUUUGUCCAAUGAUCUUACAAGAAAUAAGUGAAAUACUGCUUCACUAUAAUUGUGCAGUAUUUUCAAAAGAGAAGAAUACUAAUUGGAAAUGUUAGUUACUUAUUAGUGUGUGUCUACAUCUCCAACUCCAGUGAAUGUGUACACAGUAUUCUGUAUUUGAUUGUUAGUUUGAGUUCUAUCAUUUAUUAUUCCAUAUUUGUUUUGUCAAUGCCCUUGAAAAUGUAUUUUGCUUAGUGCAGGUGAAUCCCACAUUAUUUGGGGGGGAGAGGGGUGUUUGCAUUGCCAGAGAAAGCACAAGACAUUUAAAACAUUCAAUAGUUUUCAUAAGAAAUGUUCAAAAACAGUCUAUCAUAUGUAAAUGUAUGCAAUGUAAAUUUCUAAUUUAUAUUUGUAAAAAAAACCUGUCUCUGUAUUUAAAUUACAAGAAGUAAAACAAAAUUAUUUUUUUUGUUUCUUGUGUGAAUUUGAUAGAUUUCAAAAUAAAAACAUUAGCAUUUUGAUG